CACCAAGAUCAGGCGCCCGGUGACCACGACGGGAUGAACGAUGAUGAUUGUCUGGAAGAGCAUGAAGGUAAAAAGAAAUUAUCUGAGAUGCUCACAGAAGACGAGCAACGGCACCAAGAUCAGGCGCCCGGUGACCACGACGGGAUGAGGGAUGAUGAUUGUCUGGAAGAGCAUGAAGGUAAAAAGAAAUUAUCUGAGAUGCUCACAGAAGACGAAGCAACGGCACCAAGAUCAGGCGCCCGGUGACCACGACGGGAUGAGGGAUGAUGAUUGUCUGGAAGAGCAUGAAGGUAAAAAGAAAUUAUCUGAGAUGCUCACAGAAGACGAGCAACGGCACCAAGAUCAGGCGCCCGGUGACCACGACGGGAUGAGGGAUGAUGAUUGUCUGGAAGAGCAUGAAGGUAAAAAGAAAUUAUCUGAGAUGCUCACAGAAGACGAGCAACGGCACCAAGAUCAGGCGCCCGGUGACCACGACGGGAUGAGGGAUGAUGAUUGUCUGGAAGAGCAUGAAGGCUAUUUUUGGCAGUGUCCACUUUGAUGCUGCUCACCCAGAGAAUCACCUCUGUGUCUUUGGACCUUCAAGAAAAAGAGGCGCACUGACACCAUCCAAAAGGCAGGCUUGUGUCACGCUUCUCCCUCUUAUCAGCUACAUCCUCAAUUUUACCACACUGCUUGGUGGUCCUUUGGGUUCCUAUGGACAAUUCAUUACUCUAAUGGAGGGGAUCAACCUCACCUCGCCACCCAGUCCACUAGGUGUAGUUUUCCUAAAGCUGAUGCAAGUGUUAAUGCUAGAGUGGGUUAGAUUUUAUCUUGUCUAUUUUCUAAAAUAUCUUAUCCAUGAUUUCAACCCUGGCAUCCUCUAUGGCAUCCUGUCGACCUGGUGUCUUGGACUGGUUUUAAGAAUACAGUAUUACUCUCACUGGAAGAUCAGCGAAUGCCUCAAUAACGCAGCAGGGUUUGGCUUUUGGGAAGAUUCAUCUGGGGACUAUUUCUCCAAAUGGAGCGGACUAUCCGAUGGGGACUUCUGGACCACUGAGGCGUCAAUAUGCAUGUCACAGUUUGCUUGUCGCUGGAACGCCACGACAGCUUCAUGGCUGCGUAGACUAGUUUAUGCAAGGCACAAACACUUCCCACUAUUCAUGUGCUUUGGUUUUUCACUGUGGUGGCAUGGUUUACACUUAGGACACUUUGUGGGGUUUUUCACCUGGGCAGCAACAGUGAAAGCAGACCAUCAUAUUCACAGGAACCUUUUCCCAAAUAUUACACCGACACAGAGAAAAAUCUACACUUUUGUAAACUGGAUAAACACUCAGAUGGUUGUUACUUGCAUUGUUAUAGCGGUAGAAUUUAGAAAUUUGUCUGGUUUGAAUCUUUUAUCCAAAACAUACAUAGGUCUUUUUCCACUUGUUAAUAUAAUCCUGCUCUUUAUCAUUUUAAACCUCAAUUCACUAGAACAGUAGUCUAUAUUAUUAAAGUAAAAAGAAUGUUGACUUU